UAACCCAGACCACAAAAAGAAGCAUUUGGUACAUGAUGCGUGGACGAGAAUUCAAAAUAGGCUCAGUUGGCCUACCACAAUAGAAGAAAUGAAGAGGAAAAAAGAUUCUUUGAUGUCGUACUACAGAGCUCAUCUCAAUAAAAUAAAGAAAUCAAUGAGGUCAGGCGCUGGCACCGACGACAUAUAUCAAACAAAUUGGUUCGCCUUUUCGGCUAUGAACAGUUUUCUUCAGCCAAUAUAUGAUUGUCGCCGGACUAUCGAUACACAGAAUGAAAGUGUACGGGAAGAGCAUGCAGAACGUGACGAUGAACAUGAAGGGAUUACAGUUAGUCGUAGUGAAGAAGACUCAACUCCAACUCCUCCGAUUAAUUCAAACAUAACAAAUAAGCGAGCGAAAAUUGAUUUUCCUUCAGAAAUAUUACAUGCGAAGAGACAAAUGCAAGAGGCAUUUGAGCACGUGAAAGGCAGUGUCAACGACGAAUAUGAAAUGUUUGGGAAACUGAUUGCUGCUAAAAUAAGAAAACUUAAAAACCCAAAUACCAGAGACAUUCUUAUGAAUGAUAUCCAUAGCAUGGUUAUAAACGCAGGCAUGAUAGAUCGGGUUCACCCAACUCAUCCAUAUCACUCCAAAUCCAUUCAUCGUUACAUCAGAAUCAAACCUACCGGUCCCCGACUCAUCCAUCACCAUCUCAGUUACCAAAGAACCACACAUAUCACUCUUCAAAUCAAUCAUCACCAUCUCCAUCACCACCGACCCAAACGUACCAGUCUCCGAUCCAUCCAUCGCCAUCGCAGAACCAAACCAUGCCAUCUCAGAAAACAUCACAAUUCGUUAUAUCGGAGACUGGUGAUAUAG